ACAUUCAAUAUCUAAACACUAUAAGAAGGCUUUGCAUGGUUUUGGGUUUUCAAAUAUCUAGCCUAGCCUUCUCUUCUGAGCUAGGUAUUGAACAUGGGGACGAACUAUGUUCUGGCUUUGCUCUUGGUUCUGAUUCUCAACUUGGGAAGUUUCCUCACUUCUCUUGCAAACGCUCCGUACUGUCCACCACCGACAUACCCUCCUAAGUUCCCCCAACACCCUCCUCAUGUCAAACCACCAUUUCACCCUAUACCACCCAAACACCCACCACAUGUGAAACCACCAGUAAAACCACCACAUGUGAAGCCUCCCUACAUUCCCAAACCUCCCGUAAAACCGCCGCAUGUGAAGCCUCCCUACAUUCCCAAACCACCAGUGAAGCCGCCACACGUGAAGCCUCCCUACAUUCCCAAACCACCAGUGAAGCCACCACAUGUGAAACCUCCCUAUGUACCAACACCACAACCACCAAUUGUCCACCCUCCCUUCAUCCCAAAACCACCAAUUGUGCACCCUCCCUUCAUCCCAAAACCACCAAUUGUCCACCCACCUUUCAUCCCUAAACCACCAAUGACUCCCAAGCCCGUGUACCCGCCACCUAAACCACCAAUUGUGAACCCACCAACUCCCAAGCCCCCCGUGUACCCUCCACCGGUGUACCCUAGCCCGCCACCGACACCUGUUGUGACCCCUACCCCGCCGCCACCAGCAACAGAAACACCCUGUCCUCCUCCACCACCUUCAGUAGUGCCAUACCCACCGCCGCCACCAAAAAACACGUGUCCCAUCGACGCUCUCAAGCUAGGGGCUUGUGUGGACGUGCUUGGUGGGCUGAUUCACGUUGGGAUAGGGGAAAGUGCUAAAGACGCUUGCUGUCCUGUGCUUCAAGGACUGCUGGACUUGGACGCCGCCAUUUGCCUCUGCACCACCAUCAGGCUUAAGCUCCUUAACAUCAACAUUAUCAUACCCCUUGCUCUUCAGGUCCUCAUCGACUGUGGGAAGACACCGCCCGAUGGAUUCAAGUGUCCUUCAUAAGCUCUCUGAGUCACUCUGACGUCGUUCGAGGUUUUCAAAUAUUGAUUAAUAAUAGAGUUUCAGUAAUAUUUGGCAUGUAAUAAUAGCGUGUGUUUGUGCUUAUGAAAGCUUUGGAAGUAAAACUACUUCAUGAGGUUAAUUAAUGUCUGUAAUUUGGUUUAUGUUUUCGUUUGGGUUUAUCUCAUUGUGUAUCAGAUCGAUAUACUGUGGCAAAACCGCAAAAGUGUUCAUGUUGAUUUGUUAUAAUCAGAAUAUGUUGUUCUAUUUU